GAGUGCAGCUAGCACACACUGUCCUGCUGAACCUCCGUGUGCUGGUUGGAGAAGCUUUUACAUCUAAACCAGGUUUUGGAGACCAGCUGAUCUAGAACCAAAGCACGUAGGCAGAAGAGGAGAAGGUGGUCAGUCUGGAGACCCUCAGACCUGCAGAAAAAGGCGUGAAGAUCCAAAGACAAGAGGAUACGAAAGUGACAGUAGUACCUGAAGAAGUUCUCUGAUGCUUCUCAUAGAAGCUGUUUUGGUUCCCAAAGCAGUUUAUUUUAUUUUUUGUUUUGGGUGCUAAAAGAAGCAGCUCAGCCUUGAAUAGAAGUUUCCUCUGUUGUCCUACUGUCCUGUUUGGUGAGUGACAGCAGCUGACAGAGACUAUAGAGAACUUGGUUAGCUUGGUUUAGAAGUGGACAUCAUGUUUGACUGCAUGGAGGCUCUAGGAGUUGGUGCAAGGCCUCUCUUUGGCGUGUCCACUCAGGGUUCCUGCAUGCUGCGCAAGGCUAGCUCCUUCUUCUCUGGGCUGGAACCCUUCUCCUGGUCCAACAGCACCAGCACCAACCUGCAGUCGGUGGAAACUCAAAGUACAAGUUCAGAGGAGAUGGUGCCCAGUUCCCCCUCUCCACCCCCUCCCCCUCGGGUCUACAAGCCUUGCUUUGUGUGCCAGGACAAGUCCUCAGGCUACCACUAUGGAGUCAGCUCCUGCGAAGGAUGCAAGGGUUUCUUUCGACGCAGUAUCCAGAAGAACAUGGUGUACACCUGCCACAGAGACAAGAACUGCCAGAUCAACAAGGUGACCCGGAACCGCUGCCAGUACUGUCGCUUACAGAAGUGCUUUGAGGUCGGCAUGUCUAAAGAAGCGGUGCGGAAUGACCGGAAUAAGAAGAAGAAAGACGUGAAGGAGGAGGUGGUCUUGCCAGAAAGCUAUGAGCUGAGUGGAGAACUGGAAGAGUUGGUCAACAAAGUCAGCAAAGCCCACAGAGAAACCUUCCCUUCGCUGUGUCAGCUGGGGAAAUACACUACUAACUCGAGUGCAGAUCACAGGGUGCAGCUGGAUUUGGGUUUGUGGGACAAGUUCAGUGAGCUCUCCACUAAAUGCAUCAUAAAGAUAGUGGAGUUUGCCAAGCGGUUGCCUGGCUUCACCUCCCUCACUAUUGCAGACCAGAUAACCCUGCUCAAAUCUGCCUGCCUCGACAUACUCAUGUUGCGGAUCUGUACGAGGUACACACCAGAGCAGGACACCAUGACCUUCUCAGACGGACUGACUCUUAACCGAACACAGAUGCACAACGCCGGUUUCGGUCCCCUCACUGACCUCGUGUUCGCCUUUGCUGGCCAGCUCCUUCCUCUUGAGAUGGAUGACACAGAGACUGGUCUCCUCAGCGCCAUCUGCCUCAUUUGUGGAGACCGCAUGGACUUGGAGGAGCCUCAGAGAGUGGACCGGCUACAGGAGCCUUUGCUGGAGGCAUUAAAGAUCUAUGCCAGAAGAAGACGCCCCAACAAGCCACACAUGUUCCCUCGCAUGCUCAUGAAGGUCACUGACCUCCGAGGCAUCAGCACUAAAGGAGCGGAACGAGCCAUCACAUUAAAGAUGGAGAUCCCAGGCCCCAUGCCUCCUCUCAUUCGUGAGAUGCUGGAGAACCCGGAGGUCUUCGAGGAGAGCAGCAACUCAGGGGAGAGUGCAGCCGCUGCCCCGCUGCCACCCCCUGCCAUCCAGGCCAUCAAGCGUGAGCGAGAUGAAGAUUCAGCCCCUGAGGAGGAGGAGGAUGAGGAGGACGAGUGUGGAGAGGAGGAGAGGGAGAGAGGUGGAGACAGCGAGGAUGAAAGCUGGAGUCUUCUGCAGGGGGAUGUGGGUGGGACCAGGAAGAGCGUGACAGGCAGAGCGCAGUGAUUGGUGGAGACUGCUGGAGGUGUGUAGGAGUGAUUUAUCAUUAAUAAUUUAUGUGGACAGCAAACCACCACAGCAUUGGAGCCUUUCUUCUGACAGCAUGCAUUCAUACUCGUGCACAUUCAUAUGUACUCUUCGGCUUAUAUGCGUUCCACGUGCAGAUACCACCCCUGAUUCCUUCAGCUCCAGCCAUGGUUGGAAAACAGACAGCCAUCCCUCAAGACUGGCGUGAUAUAUGGACUGGCUCUGGAAUUUAAUGACAGAACGAUAGGGCUGAUAAAGUUCAAUUUGAACAUGAAUGAGGUGAAAAGAAGCUGCCGUUCAAUUUUUACAUAUUUGCAUAUUUGACAAGCACAUUCAGAAAUAUGAAGACGCCAAAAUUUUUUUAAGGGCUUGUACUAUGAAAAUUCUCUUUUUUAAUGAAAGAGUUCGAUGUACUAUGUGAACAUCACUACAGUAAAACCACAGGGUGCUGUGGAAAAAAAUCCUGUUUUUCAAUCCAUUGGGUUUAUGAUGUCAUUUGCAUACCUGUACAAAAUGGCUCAUCAAAAUUGCUUCAUGUGGUAACAAGUAAAUUAAUUAUAUUCAAACUAAAAUAAACUUUAAAUGAGCGAUUCUUUCAAUGAUUUAUAAUGUAAUUUUUGGAGUUGAAUAAAAUUUGUUCAAUUCGCUGCUAUCAGAACAAAACCUCAUAUCUCCAAUUUUGUCAUUUUUCAGUUUUUGACAUAUUUUGAAAAUGCCUG